AUGUACCCGAAACACGCUUUAGUUAUUGGUAAUGAAGCUUAUAUGCGAUCACCUAUACAAUCGUGUGUUAAUGAUGCAACUGAUAUGACAACAACACUGAAUGCGAUGGGAUUUCAAGUACAACCAGCCACGAAUAUCCCUUAUGAGGGAAUGCAAGCUAUUACAGGUCGAUUCAUUCAAUCAAUUCAACCUGGUUCCAUUGUGAUAUUUUACUUUUCUGGUCAUGGAAUACAAUACAAUGGUGUCAAUUAUCUACUUGGAAUUGAUGAUGAAAGACUUUUACUCAAAACUCUCGAUUCUCAAGCUCUUAACGUUCAAAAUGUCAUUGAAGCAAUACAUACUCGACAACCUAGAUUAGUCUUAUGUAUACUCGAUGCUUGUCGUGGUUACGAAGUUAAUGAUACAAGUGACGCAAGUCGAUUGUACCCAUCACUUUACCGUGGUCGACCUGAUAGACUUGGACUUGGAGUUGGACUUGCACCGAUGCAAGCACCACCAGCAACUAUUAUUGUUUUCGCUUGUGAAGAAGACAAAUUUUCAAGUAGUCUUUCACAGAAUCAAAGAAAUAGUCUUUAUACAUUUCAUUUACUUCGUCAUAUUUGCACUCCGAAUACUGACAUCGAUGUUGUGUUGAAAAAUACCGCUGCAGAUGUGCAAAGAGAUCCAAUGAACUUCUUACAACAAGUUCCAUUUCGAUAUAGUAGUUUAAAUGAAUCAAUAUGUCUCAUUGGUUCCAAUGGAAUGAAUUAUCCGAUGGGUAUGCAAGGAGGUUAUGGUUAUCAAUCAUAUCAACAACCAUUGAUGAUGAAAGCACAUCAUGCUGAAUAUUAUAAUCCUUAUACGGACACUUAUCACAAUCUUUCGAUCGUUCCAUUUCUCUUUCAUCGGAAUCGCAAGAGAGCAGUUGUACAUAAAACUCCGCCUCCGGUGGUGUAUGGCUAUCCACGUCAGUGGCAAUCUUAUUAUCAAUAA